AUUACAUAAUUACAAAAUAAAUAAAUAAAUAAAAAAUAAGAGUCUUUUAGUUCGUUCAAUCACACUGAUUGAGAGCUCCAUAUUCAAUUAUCUCUCUUUUUAUCUUCUUCUUCUUCUUCUUCUUAGUUUUUUCUAUCUCUGUAACCAACCCAGAAGAGAAAAAAACAAAGAUAAGAGAAGAAGGGUGUGACUCAUAUCCCCAAACCCUAUUGCCAACACUUUGGUUUGAUUUGAUUUGAUUUGAUCGAUCUAUAGAUCUAAAGCUUUCAAAACACAUGUAUCGUUUUGUUUCUUUUAGAUCUCCAUCAUUAUCGUCUGCUCUGAUUCACUGAACUGAUCACACAAUCUUAAUUCUAUUUAUUGUUAGGAGGUAGGCUUGUGUAGUUUGGUUUCUCAUUGGAUUGUUUGAAUACAUCCAUUUUUGGAUGUGGAGGUGUAAGAGGCUUGCUGGGGUGAAAUGAGGGAUGUUAUCAAGGUUGAUGAACAUUCUGAGGGCCUGCUGGCUGCCGUCCUCGGACCGGUAUGUUCACACAGGUUCGGAUGCAGCCGGCCGGCAAGAUGGUUUAUUGUGGUACAAAGACACAGGACAACACAUGAAUGGUGAAUUCUCAAUGGCUGUUGUCCAAGCCAACAAUUUGCUUGAGGACCAGAGUCAGAUUGAAUCCGGUCCUUUGAGCACACUUGACUCUGGCCCUUAUGGCACCUUCGUUGGAAUUUAUGAUGGCCAUGGGGGUCCAGAGACCUCACGUUACAUCAAUGAGCACCUUUUCCAGCAUCUCAAAAGGUUUACUUCAGAACAACAGUCCAUGUCUACUGAUGUGAUUCGAAAAGCUUAUCAAGCCACUGAAGAGGGGUUUAUGGCCGUAGUUACAAAGCAAUGGCAUAUGAAGCCGCAACUCGCAGCCGUUGGAUCUUGCUGCCUUGUUGGUAUUGUAUGUGGAGGCACCCUUUAUAUUGCUAAUCUUGGAGACUCCCGUGCUGUGUUGGGGAAACUUGUCAACGCAACUGGGGAGGUCCUGGCCAUCCAGCUAUCUUCUGAACACAAUGUUGCUCUAGAAUCUGUGAGACAGGAGAUGCAUUCUACUCACCCUGAUGAUUCACAUAUCGUUGUUUUAAAGCAUAAUGUAUGGCGUGUUAAGGGCUUAAUACAGAUUUCUAGAUCUAUUGGUGAUGUAUAUCUAAAAAAGGCUGAAUUCAAUAGGGAGCCUUUAUAUACCAAAUUUCGCAUCAGGGAACCUUUUAAAAGGCCAAUUUUGAGCUCUGAGCCAUCAAUUUCUGUGCAUGAACUUCAACCUGAUGACCAAUUUGUCAUAUUUGCCUCUGAUGGACUGUGGGAGCACCUUACCAAUCAGGGAGCAGUUGAUAUAGUUCAAAAUCACCCACGCAGUGGAAGUGCUCGAAGGCUUGUGAAAGCUGCCUUGCAAGAAGCAGCCAAGAAAAGGGAAAUGAGGUACUCAGAUUUGAAGAAAAUAGACCGCGGUGUUCGCCGACAUUUCCAUGAUGACAUCACGGUAAUAGUCUUGUUUCUAGACUCGAAUCUUGUGAGUAGAGCCAGUUCAGUUAGGGGUCCAACUAUGUCUUUGAAAGGGACUGGUGUUAACAUACCUACUAAGACUCUGCCCCCUUGCACAAUGGAGUUCAAUACUACAUGAUGAAUGAUGAACCAAAACCCCGUGCGCAUGACUGUCACUUAGUGUUACCUUUCUCUGAAGUCGAAAACCCCACGAUCGAUCAGCUCUGUAAAUCUAAGAGAGAUGAGAGAAGGUGCAGUCAAUUAAUUUUUUUCUUUUUUACUGUACUAUGUAACAUUUAACUUGGGACUUGUAUUUUAUUUAGUUUCUGAGAACUGGAGCAGAAGUAAAAGGAAAGAAUCAUGGAAAGUUGCUCUUCAAAAUUUGAUGCUGUGAAGAUUCUUUCAUCAAGACUAUCUCCUCUACGGAUUUUUACCCUUUUUCCUUUUUUUUUUCCAGAGUUCUUGCCUUAUGUAAAUCUUAUGUGAAAUGUCAUUUCUGAAAAUUCAGAACUCUGUGUUGCUGCUGUUUUUUUUUCUUUCUUUCCCUGAAGAUGACUCCUCUUGGGGCUACCACUUGAAGAAGGGUUACCCUUUGCUUUCUAAUGCAUGAGGCUGUUGAAAUA